AUGGCGGCAGCUGGAGGAGCGGGUGUUGUAAAUAUGCCCAAUUCAUCGGCUGGUAGCAAAGCAGUCCUAAGAAUCAAGCGAAAAAGAAUGGUUUCUCAUGCCUUUAAGAAAGCUUUCACUGAUGAAGAUCAUAAACGCUCCUCUAACGCAGAUAACCCAGGGCAAAGAGUCUUCAGACUUGCUGGAACGGUUUCAAAGAAAAAUGACGAAUCUUUAUCUCAGGAGAUUCUGACCAAACUGUCAAGAAAGGAUGUGCACAAAUCCAAGGUUAAAAUCAACCCGAAGAAUGAGCUGACUGUUGAUUCAAUCAACGAGAAAUUGAGAGAAACGAAAAAGUUAUCAAGGCAAGCGUCAAGAUACAAAGUCAUUUCCAAACACAGAGACGUCGAAGAUGAAGUCGCUGACGAAGUUGAUGCUGUGUCGCAAGAAAUGUCCAGACUGUACAACCUGUACGACGUAGUGUUAGAUGAAGAUGAAUCCAGAGAUGUAACGAAAAAAGAAAACAAGGAAGAUAUAGACCCGAAUGCAAUUUUAUGCAAUUCCGUCAAAAUGAUUCGUGAAAAACUUCGGAUUGACGAUAAACCGAAAAGUAACUUAGAAAUCCUUGAAAAUGACUUCGUCUAUGAUGUUUAUUGUGCUGAUGAUAACUAUGGUGCCUUAUCUGAAGUGUUGGAUAUUGUCCACUUAAACGAAAGUCAGUUAGUCACAACUGCUUCAGACGAGGAAUUUAACUAUUAUGAAGACGACGACGAUUCAAAUGACGAAAACAAUUGGCGAAAUGAUUAUCCUGAUGAGGAUGAGUGGAAUGAAAGUUCCGAUGAAGAAACACGAUACAGAAACAAAGAAUUUGAUUAUGGUUACGACGGAGAUAAAAUGUUUUCUAAAGAAUUAUCAAGCGACGAAGAAUUAGAUUUUUACGGGAAAAACAACGAUGAAUAUAAUUACGAAAUCGUCGAUGACGACGAAUACUAUUAACCUCAUCAAGUGUUUCCCUGGCAACCAGAUUAACAGCGCUGGAAUAUCAGAACCUCGCAAUUGUGGAAUACAUUCCUUCGACCGCAAACGAAUACAUUCCGAGGAGGAUUUUGCAUUUCUGGUAUCAUUUGCUUCGGCAGAGAUAAGUGACGUUAUCUUUACUUUUUGUCAAACCAAAUCGUAUGAAAUCUGGUUGCUACAAUCAUAGCUGAAAUCUUUCUAGUCUAAUAUUCCCCUGCCCCAGAUAACCAAUUGAUUGUUCCGAAUAUUGCAUCCAUACUGUUCGGAUAUCGGAAACCUCAAUAUAAUAAUAUUAGGUCGAAUUUCAGCCUUUAAUGUAAAGGCGGAACAUUAGCACGAAAAUGGAACAUUGAAAUGAUUAAUAAUUACCUGUGAUAAUUUAAGUGAUUAUGUUUCAGUAAACAUAUCAUAUAUGAAGUACAUUGUCAUCUCUGUUCCAAAAGAGCUUUCUCAUAAUGACGUCAAUCGUGGAGAGCCUGUGAUACACAAAGUUUGAUUGGCUCAAGUAAACUUUGAUAAAGAAUUCACUGAUUGGCUCAGCAAAACUAACGAGCCAAUCAAACUUCGUGUAACAUCAGGCUUUCUGCGCUUGACGUCAUUAUGAGAAAGUUAUUUUUACCCAGGUCUUCCUGUUUAACCGAAAUACGUCAUUGAAGCAUUAACGAAAGUCGUUGAUCUUGUCAUGAACAAAGUGGAUUUGUUAUUCCCGCAGUAUUUUAAAUUAAAUUUAAAGUAUUUUAAAUUUAUUUCACCACCGCACUUGCAAUACCAAAUAAUGGAGAUGUGUUAUAGGUGUUUCACUGAGGGUAUUCCCAUAGCCCUUGGGAAUUGAGAAGUGCUUUGAAUGAAUUUGAUGGAAAUUGGAGUUAAUCUAGAAUGUGCACGCUUUUUCAACAUGCGGUUAAAAAAAUGUGCACUUAUCAAGUUAAUCAUGCACCAGGCUAUGUUUGAAAUAAAUACAUAUUUCAAACUUCGGAAUUCAGAUUGACCUUCAGGAAAUAUUCGGAAGGAUCAAUUCGUUUGUGCGUGGAGCAAAUUGGCAAUGUAAGCGUUUUUUACAUCUGCAUGAUGUACACCACAUGACCCGUUUACAGAGAACCUUGUUUCUUGAUAACAACAUCCUGUGAUUUCCCCACCCACGUCUGUUUCCGCACCUGACUUUGAAACAAUGAUGACUUUGAUAAACAAUGGUUGGCAGGAACUAAUUCUUAGCUGAAACGAAGGCAAGCCAAAACGUGCACUUCGACAUUACAAUUUGUUACACUAAAAGUGAAACUCUUCCAUGUUUGUUCUUGCCUGCCAAAAAAUUACAUCGGCGUAAAGCAGUGCUUAGUCGUAUGACGACGACUCUUGGCUGCACGAGCUUACUUCCUUGGGAUCUAUUCCGAUUUGAAGAAGCUGUUGUUAAUAUCUCGCCCACUUGCAUUAAACAAUUUUAACCGCCAAAUUCACGGAUAGUGGAUUUGAAGAGUUAUGUGUGUUCGCUUAUGACAUAUUUUAAAUUAUUUACGUGUAUUUCACCCUCAUCAACUUAAGGUUUUACUGACCUACUUACUUAUGUAUAAAGUUAAACUAACAUGCUCUUUUCAAUGUCUGCUAGCUAUUAAAAUACUUGUCUCGGACACGCGCAUUAAUUA